UUUACUAUUUUUGCGUUUCUUUUGCAUUUGCUUGCUUUGCUCACGUUUCUCGUAGAAAAAUUGUAUUGUGGUCGAGUGUGGUGGUUUGAAUCUUAUUGCAAGUUCUAGUACUAGUCUUGAAAGUGUAUGUAGCUAUUUCUAUUACUGUACUUAGUACCUAUUUGAGAUGUAAUAUUGAUUUUGCACAUAAAGAUUUUGAUGAAUGAUUGUUGGAGACAGUUAGUAAUGGAGAGAUUAUAAUAUUUCGUCAGAGAUUUUAAUCCAGAUUCGCGAGUCUACAUUAUAGUCAUUGUCAUCGUAGUGUUGCUUUAUGUUUUAACACAUUUACAGUGUUUUAUCGUUUGGAGUAUUUUUAGAACACGACUGUGGUAUUGAGUCUGAUGUCUUUGUAAACAGUAUAUGAUUGUAAAUGUUUGUGCUGUUUUUAUUAUGAAUAUUUCAAAUUAAGGAGUGAAUAAUAUUUUUGGAAGGAACAGUUUCCUUCAAUGUGAUGAUUAUAACUGAUAUAUCUUAUGAAGUGGAAAGUUCUUAUGAAAAUUAACUUCAGAUUUAUGGUGCUAGUGCCGCGGUGAAGGCGACGGCAUGUGGCACGGCGCGCGAGUGUUGAUACUCGCGGCGCUGGGCCUACUGGCCGGGCCUUCUGUCGCCGCAAUACCUAACAAGAAGUUCAACAUAACUAUCGGCUAUCUGCCUUCUAUCAAGGGCGAGCUCCGAGACAGGCAGGGACUUACCAUCUCCGGGGCUUUGUCUAUGGCCCUUGAGCAGGUCAACAAUGGCACAGACCUUUUGCCAGACGUCAAGCUAUUGUUGAAGUGGAAUGACACGCGAUGUGACACGGUGACAGCUACACGUAUGCUCACUGACAUGACCUGUUCUGGUGUAGUCGCCUUCUUUGGCCCGGAAGGGCGCUGCCACACAGAGGCCAUUGUUGCCAAGUCUCGGAACCUGCCCAUGAUCUCUUAUAAAUGUUCUGAUUACCAAACAUCCACGCUUUCAAAUUUUGCGAGAUUGGAGCCACCUGAUGCACAAGCGACGAAAUCUGUAAUAUCUCUUCUGCGGUACUACAGAUGGACUAAGUUCUCAAUAUUAUACGAGGAGCCAUGGGUGACGGUGGCACUUACGCUCGAAAACCACGCGAAGAAGAAUAAUAUGACUGUGAACCACCAAAGGCCCGUCAUCGACGGGUUCAAGUGCUGCGAAGAGAAAAUGACGUGUUGCGCGCCGGGGUUCUGGUACCAGUUUAUACAGGAGACAAAAAAUAGAACCAGGAUAUACGUUUUUUUGGGCUCAACAGCUGGACUUAUAGACAUGAUGACCGCCAUGGAGUCAUUGCAACUGUUUGCAAAAGGGGAAUAUAUGGUUAUUUUCGUGGACAUGAUGACAUACUCUCCUAAAGAUUCAUUGAAAUAUUUAAUAAAAACCGAGGACCGUGGCUUGACGCUGGUAUGCCCCAAGACGAGCGGAGACGGGUCGUUCAAGAAGCGCGCGCAGUCGCUGCUGGUGGUGGUGUCGUCGGAGCCGGAGGUCAGCUACGAGGUGUUCACGAACAGUGUGCGCGACUACAACGCCAGGCCGCCCUUCGAGUUCCCGGUGCCCGCCGUCUUCGAGAACCGGUUCAACAAGUUUGUUUCAAUCUACGCGGCAUAUUUGUACGACUCUGUGAAAUUAUACGCGACCGCUCUACACAAACUCAUAGAAGAGGAGACAACUUAUAAAAAUGAAACCCUCGACCACACGAAAUUGAUGAGCAUUGCAACUAAUGGAUCUCUAAUUGUCUCGAAAAUGAUCGCUAUUACUCCUUUCAGAAGUGUGGCAGGAAUGUCAAUUCGUCUGGACGAGCGAGCCGACUCUGAGGGAAACUUCUCUGUGCUCGCCUUCAAGAACAUAACCAUUGAAGACAUUAAGUGCAAUGCUAGUAUGGUUCCCGUUGGGCAUUUCCAACAACAGUGUGGCAAAGAAUUUCCUGAGUACAAGUUGAACCCCUUCGUUCCAAUCGACUGGCCCGAUGGGGUAAAGCCAGAAGCGGAACCCUCGUGUGGCUUCCUCAACGAGAAAUGCCCCAAAGACGACUCGCAAAUAACUUCACUCGUCGUGGCGGGCACAUUGGCUGUUACGUUGUUUUGCGCCCUCGUGGUGACCAUCAGCAUUUAUAGGAAAUGGAAGAUAGAGCAGGAAAUAGAGGGGUUGCUAUGGAAGAUAGAUCCUCAGGAAAUAGCUGGGUAUUUAGGCAGUGGCCUUGUGUGGUCGCCCAGUAAGUUAAGUUUAGCAAGUGGAAUAUCAUGUGAAAGCAAAUGUUGUACUCAAAUAUUUACCACAACUGCACAAUAUAGAGGGAAUGUUGUAAGAAUAAAGGAAUUGAAGUUUUCGAAGAAGAAGGACAUCCCGCGCGAGGUGAUGAAGGAGAUGCGGCUGCUGCGCGAGCUGCGGCACGACAACCUCAACUCGUUCAUCGGCGCCGUGGUGGAGCCGCUGCGGGUGCUGCUGCUCACCGACUACUGCGCCAAAGGGAGCUUGUAUGAUAUAAUUGAAAAUGAGGAUAUAAAGUUGGAUCAAAUGUUUAUAUCUUCGCUAGUGCAUGAUCUCAUUAAGGCUAUGAUAUUUAUUCAUACAUCGCCAUUAAUUUAUCACGGAAAUCUCAAAUCUUCGAACUGUGUGGUUACGUCGCGGUGGAUGCUUCAGGUAACCGAUUUUGGUCUUCACGAUUUAAGAAGUUGUGCUGAAAAUGAUUUUAUAGGAGAACAUCAAUACUACAGAGGUUUACUGUGGAAGUCUCCUGAAUUGCUAAGACAGUUAGAUGAUCCGAAUGGAUUUGUUGGUGGAACGCAGAAAGGAGAUGUUUAUGCGUUUGGUAUCAUACUUUACGAAAUAAUUGCCAGACGGGGACCGUUCGGUAUAACAACUGAACCAAAAGACAUAGUGGAGCGAGUGAAGCGCGGCAAGCGUGAGGGCGAGGAGCCGCUGCGGCCGGACACGCGCGCGCUGGAGGGAGUCGUGGAUGAGUACUGUCUGCAAGUCAUGCGCGACUGCUGGGCCGAGGACCCCGCCGCGCGCCCCGACUUCCCCACCGUGCGAAGCCGGCUCAAGAAGCUCAAGUCCGGCAAGUCACGAAAUAUCAUGGACCAAAUGAUGGAUAUGAUGGAGAAAUACGCUAAUAAUUUAGAAGAACUAGUCAAUGAGAGAACGAGGCUAUUAAUCGAGGAGAAACAGAAGACGGAAGAUUUACUACAUAGAAUGCUACCAAAGUCAGUCGCUCGAAGGUUGACGACGGGCGAGGGGGUGGAGCCGGAGUCGUUCGACUCGGUGACGAUCUACUUCAGCGAUAUCGUCGGCUUCACGGCCAUGUCGGCGGAGAGUACGCCGUUGCAGGUGGUCAAUUUCCUCAACGACCUGUACACGGUCUUCGAUAGGAUUAUCAGAGGCUAUGACGUGUAUAAAGUGGAAACUAUCGGGGAUGCUUAUAUGGUGGUAUCCGGCCUGCCAAUUAGAAAUAAUGACAGACACGUGGGUGAAAUCGCAUCGAUGGCGCUGGAGCUCCUCAACGCUGUCAAGAGUCACAAGAUAUCGCACAGGCCCAACGAGAUGCUAAAACUAAGGAUAGGAAUACAUACCGGCGCGGUAGUGGCUGGGGUGGUGGGGCUGACGAUGCCGCGCUACUGCCUGUUCGGCGACACCGUCAACACGGCGUCGCGCAUGGAGUCUAACGGCGAGCCGCUCCGCAUCCACAUCUCGCCCAGCUGCAAACAGGCGCUCGACAAGCUGGGAGGGUACAUCGUCGAGCCCAGGGGCACCAUACCCAUCAAGGGAAAGGGUCAGCUCCAAACAUAUUGGCUUGUUGGUGCGACUGAGAAGGCGAUACAAAAGAGGCCGGUAGAGGGAGAGGAACGGCCAUUGUUUUGUCGGCCGCGGCGAAGUCCGAGAUUGACUGAUUCAAGACAUCCAUCUAUAUCAGAGCUGAAGAGCGAGGGCCGCUCGGGCAGCGGCAGCGGCGGAAUCCGGCAGCGCCUGCACAGCGGCGCGUCGCUGCCCGCGCCCGACGAGCCGCUGGCACGCCGCGCGCUGCACGCUACACAAACCAGACGUGCGUUGAGCUCGAUCGCGUCGUCGACGGCGUGCUCGGCGCUGGGCGGCGCGGGCGGCGCGGGUGACGAGGGCGGUGCGCUGCGGCCGGCGCGCUCGCUGGACGCGCUGGGCGCGCGCGCGCGGCUGCGGCGCCAGAACACCACGCGCUCGCUGGACGCGGACGUGGCCAUCGCCACGGUGUCGGCGGCGCUGUUCAACGGCACGGCCCUGGCGCCGCCCGACGAGCCGCGCCACGACGAGGACAGCCCGCUGCUGCGCAAGGCGAGCCUGUGCAACAAGCUCGAGCGUGUCAAGCGCAAGGUGCCCGACUCCGACUACAUCGAGUUCUACAAGAAGUGGCGCUCACUCGAGAACGUGGCGGACGCCAAGGGCGGCGCCAAGACGCCGCGCUUCGCGAUCCGUUCGUGGCUGCUGGGCAUCUUCGGAGGUGGCGCGCGCAGCACCUCCUCGUCGCUGCGCCGCGCGCCACACCUGCUCGACCGCGAGUCCGCCGUGUGAGCGCCCCGCACCGCACCCCACUCCCCCUCCCCCCGUGUAUAUUGCGAUAUAUGUAUAUGAAAUGCUCUUGUAAAUAAUAUAUGUAAGUAAAACGAUGUUACCGUCAAUUGUGAAAUAAGAGUUUAAUGUUAUUAAAUAAUUUCUAUUGAA